CUUAGCAUAGCCAUCAUACUGUUAUCUUGCACGGUGGCUACCGUGGCCGGACAACAAUGCGGCCGUCAAGCCGGUGGUCGGACUUGUUCCGGCAACAUCUGCUGCAGCCAGUACGGCUACUGCGGCACUACGGCGGACUACUGUUCACCGGACAACAAAUGCCAGAGCAAUUGUUGGGGAAGCGGGCCUAGCGGGCCAGGGGAGAGCGCGUCGAACGUACGCGCCACCUACCAUUUAUACAAUCCGGAGCAGAACAAUUGGGAUCUCAGAGCCGUGAGUGCUUAUUGCUCCACGUGGGAUGCUGAUAAGCCUUACGCAUGGCGGAGCAAAUAUGGCUGGACCGCCUUCUGUGGACCGUCUGGUCCUCGUGGUCAAGCUUCUUGCGGCAAGUGCUUAAGGGUGAGGAACACAAGGACAAAUGCAGUAGUAACGGUGAGGAUAGUGGACCAAUGCAGCAAUGGAGGAUUGGAUUUGGAUGUUGCAAUGUUCAAUAGAAUUGAUACCGAUGGUGUUGGCUAUCAACAAGGCCACCUCAUUGUUGACUACCAAUUUGUUGACUGUGGCAAUGAACUCAUUAAUCAGCCUGCCGAUUCCAAAAACAUCCUUUUUUCGCCCACUGAUCGCAGAAAAAUGUCAAGACUUAGCAUAUAUGUGUUUGUGUUGCUAUGUGCGUUUGCGGCCAAAGCAGCUGCUCAAUCCGCGUCCAACGUAAGAGCAACUUAUCAUUUCUACAAUCCUGCACAAAACGGGUGGGAUCUUUACCGAGUAAGUGCGUAUUGCUCCACGUGGGAUGGGAAUCAAUCGCUCGAGUGGCGUCAGAGGUAUGGCUGGACAGCUUUCUGCGGCCCGGUUGGACCACGCGGUCGUGACUCUUGCGGUAGAUGCUUAAGGGUGACGAAUACGGGGACUGGGACGCAAGCGACUGUAAGAAUCGUGGAUCAGUGUAGUAGCGGCGGUUUGGACUUAGACGAGGGUGUUUUCAGACAGCUUGAUACUAACGGUCAGGGAUACGCUCGUGGAAACCUAAUGGUCAACUACGAGUUUCAAUUUAUUUUUCUAUGCGCGUUUGCGGCUAAAGCAGCCGUUCAAACAGCUUCUAACGUAAGAGCAACUUACCAUUACUACAAUCCCGAGCAAAACGGUUGGGACCUUUACAAAGUAAGUGCGUAUUGCUCGACGUGGAAAGGAGACCGACCGCUCGAAUGGCGUAAGAAGUAUGGUUGGACAGCUUUCUGCGUUCAGGUUGGACCACGUGGUCGUGAUUCUAGCGGAAGAUGCUUAAGGCAGAGAUUUGAAUCCUAUUGGUUCUGUGUUACUGCUCAGAUUUACUUAUUUAGCAGACCCCAAACUAUA